GUUUCAGUGGCUGCAGGAUCCCUAGCCGCCAAGAGCCCAAGACCCUAUUGUCUUCUCCAAAUAACCAGAGGAUUUUUCCCGAGUGACUCCGGCGACGAAUUCCGGCCGACAACCACCCGCCACCCUCCUCCGAAAAUCCUCUCACCGCCUCGGACUUUUCUCGGGCCAGCUGUUUAGUUCGGACUUCAGCAAGUUCUGCUCUGAGUUCCCCACUGUUUCUUUUUUCUUCUUUUCCCAUCAAUUUCUGUGGUUUAGGACUUACAUCCCCAAAAUGGACGGUGAGGAGGUGCCGGCUUACCAGCCUGACGUCGGAUUCGAACAAGAUACAAGAGAGCCACUUUUUGAUCUUACCAGUGCUCGCUCUAGUUCAACAGAGCUUUGGCUUAUCCAAUGGCCGCCCCACGAACUUCCUGAUAUCCACGGCAAGGAAGUAUGCAUUACAUUCGAUCAAAAUGGUAGCUCGGGAAGCUUCGAGGAUCUAUCAGGGAAAAUGUAUGAUAUAGUCGGCACUGAUGUAGAGCGAGAUGCAGCAGUCUUCAUGUCCUCUGGUUCAGAGACCGAGAUCGUUGGGAAUAUUUCUCACCGAGUAUCCCUGGUGCACUUUCCCGACCCAAAGGAAAUCGAACAGAGAGUUGCUGAGAAGAAGUCAAAAAGGCUGUAUCAGAUGACGUCAUCGAAGAUAAAUUCUUCACACCAUUCCUCAGGUGUUACAGAAAGUAGUAGGCUGAAGCACUCAACUUCAUCAAGGGGACCUGCAGCCUCAACUCAUACAGGCAGGGAAGGGCCGAGCGCUUCUAAGAGAAGGCACGUUCAGAAGAGCCCUGGAUCAAAAGGUGGAUCUUCUCUGGACUCCAAACGACGUCAGAGUUCUUCCAACUACAUUUCCGGGACUUCAGAACACUGAAGCUAAAUUGUUGGAGGUAAGAAAACGGAGAUUUAUGCAAUGCUUUAUGCAAUGCUCUUGUUCAUUUCCGAAGCAUGAAGAGAAGUGAUGAGCAUUUUGUUUGUUAUUGGUGAUGUACGUUAGUCGAGAGAUUUAGGAAGCAAGAUUUUUUAUGGAUGAUGAUUCUUCUUUUGGUAGUGAUGAAUGCAUUGUACUUUCUGCAUUUGGAUAAUUUUUUAUCAUAAGCUACUCAAAC